AUGUUCCUUGCGCUCUCCUCCUCCUCCUCCUCCGCGGCCCCUGCGCAGGCGGGCACCUUCGCGAACACCCCGAAGACGCGGCUGGAGCGCUACCUGGUCUUCAGCCGCGCCUCGCAGGAGCUCUUCGCCCGGGGCGCCUCGGAAGAACUUGGAACUCGGCACUCGGCGGGUCCGGUGCCACGUUGCCACGGAAACGCCACGCGGGUGGUGAACGCCUAUGACCUGGGCAAGUGUACUGGGCCCUACAAGUGCCAGGGGGCUCAGGGCCGCCAACCGCCCGGCGAGAACCUGCAGGAGUACGGGCCAGAAUCCUGGGACCCCGAGAUGAACAACAACUUCCCGCAUGGCCAGUGGGUGGGCAAGAACGUCUAUCCCAAGGCAUCCACCUCAGCCGCGUGGUACAGCCUGCCGGGGAAGCGCCUCGGCAUGCCACAACCACCGCGCGGCAGGUGUAGCUCCAAGAAGUUUUGGGACCAGCAGGGAGACUGCGUGAACAACGAGCCUUCUGGAGCCUGCCCUCUCGGUGUGGUGCCUACAGGUGAAUGGACCUGCACCUACACCUACCAGAAGGUCGGCGAGCUGAAGAUCAGCCGCUUCGGAAGCCAUGAGUCGGUCUUCCCUUGCGAGAUCGAGAACAUCACAAGCUUCGAGACUCUCAUUGAGGGCCGCGGUCUCAGGGUCUCAGGUCGGCUGAGAGGUGGAGGUCGCGAGUACGACAAGAAAACGGACAAGGGGGUGCACCUGCACUUCUGGGCAUCUCGAAUCGAAGAGGAUAACAUCGACAGCAAGACGGCGUGCCAAGCCCGUGUGGAUCACGUUCAGCGGAUGUUCGAAAAGCCGCCCGGACCGUUUUAUCCCUACUACCCGGCCGGGACCUUUACACGACCAGACUCAGACGCGGCGAACACCGACGCGAGCGACAGCGUGAACAACACGGGCGACAGCGCAGGCGAGGAAGCUGGUGAUGACGGCAACUCCACCAUUGUGACAAAGCUCCUCUCGCGGCGUCGCGAAGCUUUUCCAGCGGAUUCGGACAAGAGGUUCGAGCUGGCUGUCUUACAGGCUGGCCCAGAUGCCGCCUCUCUGGGGGAUUGCCCCUUCACCCACAGCGUGCAGAUGGCGCUGUGCCUGAAGGGUGUGGACUACGAGGUGGUGCCUUGCGUACAGGAGACGAAGCCCAGCUGGCUUCUGGAGGAAUGUGGGGGCAAGAUGCCCUGUGUCUGCCACAAGGGUGAGCCACAUGUGGAGACGUCGGAGAUCCUGGCUUGGAUCGACUGCGAGUUUCCGACGCCGUCUCUCCAGCCGCCUGCCGACCUCCCUGAGAAGGUGAAAGGCUGCGGGCUGUUCCCUGCCAUUGCCGGGUUCACCAAGAACACGGAUGCGGCCAAAGACCCCGAACUGCGCGCCAAGCUGGAGUCUUCGCUGGCGCAGCUGGGGAAGCUGCUGGAGCAGUGGGGCGAGACCAUGACGCUCCUGGACUGUGACCUCCUGCCGAAGCUCUACGUGAUGUCCGUGGCAACGGCCCAGUACAAGAAUUUCGGCCUGGAGGAUGUGAAGGAGGGCGGAGAGGUGAUCCGGGCGUACUUCAGCAAGGGCUCCUCCACGGCCGAAUUUUCCAGAGGAGACGUGCCUUUGGGGCUGGGGCCAGGCUCGACUCUGAGGCUGGCCAGCGCCUCGCUUCCGAUCAAGGCCUUCGGGUCGCAGCUGCGGGUCGCCAGGGGCCACUCUGAGGGGCCUGUGGUUCACGAAAGGCCGCUGGAGCAGACGUCGCAGCUGUACAGACGCAUCUUCGGCCUGCGGACAAAAGGCCUUGGGGUGGCCCGUGCAACCGUGCCUGAGGCCAAGGGCGGCCUCAUUCUGGGUCCUUUGGGCCUGGUGUGCCUUGGCGUCAAUGGAGGUGUGUGGCGGCGCUGUCACACCAUUGCGCGCGCCCAAGAGAGGGGUCUGAACAGGACAAGAGCCUACUUGACGCGGAACUGCACGGCGCCCGCGGUUUUCUUGGGCAGCGCUUCUGCCGAAGGACCGCCUUCCGUCUUGGUGGACAAGGGUUCUUCGCAGACGCACUCGCCCCGCGCCGUACUCAGGGUGCUGAGGGUCUCAAGCCCGGCGCAGUCCGGGACAGCAGCUCUGCGCAAGCAUCACUGGGCGAUCUUCUUGAACUGGGUCGAAAAGGAGAGGACCAAUAGUGUCGAGGCGCUUUCGCUCAGCACCUCGCAGUUUGAGUUUACGGAGGUGGCAGGGCGGUGUAGUGCAACGGUGCAACGAGCGGGGUCCGACUUACACUGCUGCGAAGGCUGCGGUAUUGAAGAGAUGAGACUGGCGCACGCAGCCACUUCUGGGCGCUACUUGUGGGAGGUCAACGCAGCCUCGAACCCUCCUGCAGCUGCCUGUGGCUGGCCAGCCAUGCGCGGCAUGGGCCUUCUGCUGAAGUUGGCAACGCGGACCAGCACGAGGUCCUUUGGGGCACUGGCCUCCAACAUCUUGGGCCGACGAGCAAAGAUCCUCGUCGAUUGCUGCCUGAUUCUGACGCAAUACGGCUUUGCCAUUGCGGACAUCAUUUUUAUUGUGGAAAAUGUCCGGGACGUGGUCUGCGUAGAGACAGCCCAAGCGGCCUGUCCCAGCAGGGCUGCGGUGUGUGCUGGCACGCUGAUCUGUGUGCUGCCUGUCACCUGGCUUCGCUCUUUGCAGGUGCUUACGGUGCCGGUGCUGAUGUCCAACGUCGUGCUGCUGUGCGGCAUCUCCUGGGUCUACUACUGCUGCUUCGUGCAGCUGGGCUUGCACGGCAUCUCGCCCAACGUCAUCCUCUUCAACUGGGCCGAGUUCCCCGUGUUUUUCGGAUGUGCCGUGUUCUCCUUCGAGGGCGUUGGAUUGAUUCUGCCCAUCCAGUUUGCCAUGCAGCAGCCCACGCAGUUCCCGAAGAUCCUGCGAAGAGCCAUGUUCAUCUUGGGCUCGCUCUUCGCGUCCUUUGGGAUGUUCGGCUACGCGGCCUACGGUCUUGACACCAAAGACAUGAUUACCUUCAACAUCCCUCAGAACAAGAUCACCUCCUUCCUGAGGCUCUUUUAUUGCCUCGGCAUCUUCUUCACGUACCCCGUGAUGCUGUUCCCGCUGUACCAGAUCACCGAAGCGAAGAUCCGGUGCCUCCGCGAUCAACGCUUCUGCUGGCGGCGCAUCAUCUUCCGCACCACGUUGGUCAUCAUGACCGGAGUGAUAGGACUGCAGAUCCCCCACUUCGGACUGUUCCUGGGCAUCAUCGGCUCUUUGGCCUGUUCCGCCUUAGCCUUCGUGCUGCCGGCGCUGCUUCACUUCAAGCGCCUGGACCGUAACGACGCCAGCCGAGGCGGGGACCUCAAGGACUUGUCUAUCAUCACCUUCGGGGUAUAUACAGCGAACUGGGCCUCCAGCUUCCUUGAGUUGCUGCCGGGUGAGGCUUUCGCUUGUGACGCGCUAUUUCUCGUCGCUUGUGACGCACCCAUCCUUUGA